GACACAUCACAGGCUCUUAAAUACAGCCUGUCAAUGUUCUGUGGCAAAGACUGACUGAUGAUGUGAGCACCAUGUAUGAAGGCCUGUACCACAGCUGACUGAAGCCUAAUGGGGGUUGGAGCAAGCCAGAAAGAAGAUUCAGUUACAGAGAGCCCUCCCUCAUCACAGUCCAGCACUGAAUCAUCUGAGUCAUCUGACUCUUCUUCACGUCUACCUGCCAUCCUCAUCACAGCUCCAUCACGAGAAGACAUUCAUGCAUCUCCUUCUACCAUAACAAUAGCUGAUGCCAACAAAGAACGGAGGCCGUCUUCCACACCCUUUGUAGUGGGGAAGAAACUAGCGGGCCGACAGUGACUCAAAAUGUCCUGCCACAUAAGACACACUGAGAAUCAUUUUCCGGAAGGAAUUCAAAAUGGACUUUACUAAUACCUCUCAGCUGCAGAGGCGAUGUGUUUGACACACCGAGCUCAUGUCUGAAUUAACUCCGGGAAAGCUCUUUGUUGUUCUGCUCGUGGCUCAAACCAAAACACAAUGGCGGCGCCCACCAGACUCAGCUGCUCCCUGUCGAGCUGAAGCCACAACCGACGAUACUCUUGUUGACAACGUUUGAAAGAAUGGACACCGUAGGAGAAGACGAACCGGACCUCAUAAAGCUGAAAUCCAUCAAGAACAAUAAAACGUUCACUGUGCCUCAAAAUGACAGGUUUGGGAGCUGCAGAAGCGUCAGAGAGUUUGAGAAACUCAACCGAAUCGGAGAAGGAACUUACGGCAUUGUGUACCGAGCCCGAGACACCAGGUCAGAUGAGAUUGUAGCAUUGAAGAAGGUCCGGAUGGACAAAGAGAAAGAUGGAAUCCCCAUCAGCAGCCUCAGAGAGAUCACCCUGCUGCUGAGGCUCAGACAUCCCAACAUAGUGGAGCUAAAGGAAGUGGUUGUAGGCAGCCAACUGGAGAGUCUGUUUCUGGUGAUGAGUUACUGUGAACAGGACCUGGCCAGUCUGUUAGAAAACAUGCAGACGCCGUUCUCUGAGGCUCAGGUGAAGUGUAUUGUCCUUCAGUUGCUCAGAGGUUUAGAGUAUCUCCACCACAACUUCAUCAUACACAGGGACCUGAAGGUGUCUAAUCUGCUGAUGACAGACAAGGGCUGCGUUAAGAUUGCUGAUUUUGGGUUGGCCAGGAUGUACGGUAUCCCCCAGCAGCCCAUGACCCCCAGAGUGGUGACCCUGUGGUACAGAAGUCCAGAGCUCCUCCUGGGGACCAAAACCCAAACUACAGCCCUAGACAUGUGGGCGGUGGGCUGCAUCCUGGCUGAGCUGUUGGCUCACAAACCUCUGCUCCCUGGAACCUCAGAGAUCCAACAGGUCGACCUGAUCGUUCAGCUGCUGGGAACACCCAAUGAAAACAUCUGGCCUGGUUUCUCUCAGCUGCCUCUCAUCAGUCAGUACAGUCUGAGGAAGCAGCCGUACAACAACCUGAAGAAUAAAUUCACCUGGCUGUCUGAAGCCGGACACAGACUGCUCAACCUGCUCUUCAUGUACAACCCACAGCGCAGAGCUACUGCCAAAGACUGUCUGGAGAGUUCCUACUUCAAAGAGAAACCUCUACCCUGUGAACCGGAGCUGAUGCCUACCUUCCCCCACCACCGCAACAAGCGGGCUGCUCCUACGGCAGAGGGCCACGCCAAGAGGAGCAAAGUGUGAUCAGGACGACGAUGACGAUGACGAUGACGAUGACGAUGACGAUGUGUGGGCACUGGCUCCUGUUUCCGCUACAUCACUGGGAACAUGGAUUUGCUCUGAAGAAUGUUAACGGAUUUUGGUUCCAGUCGGUUUCAGGUAGAAAAAACAUAGAACCAAACAGACUCUGUGACAGAUCAGAGCAGGACUCUUCUGGCUUUAACCGCACUCUGCAGUGUACAUACAGCUGUUUGAAGCCUCAUGAACUGCGUAUAGGUACAACACACUUCUGUUCGGGUUAUGUCUUAAAAUUCGUAUUGCUACCAGUGUAUGUGAGGUCAUGAGGUUGCCUUGACAAAUAUACUGAGGUGUUGUGUACCUGUGUGGCAAGCAUUUGUCACGUUUUAGAAUUGCAUAUACAUCUGUCUCAGCUGUCCUGUGAUCAGUUUUGACCCUGACAUCAAAACAAUAAAACUGAGAUGACUUGGCAUGACAAGUA